AAACAUAUCAUUGAUUGUAGAAUACGUGGAAAGUGUUGGAGGCCAUAAGUGUCAUUUCGCAUGAAAUUCCCCAUAUAAAACUCGCCCAAAAUGGAGAGAGAAAAGAGGGGUAGAUAGAGAAAGAGAGGACCCGUAUUUAGGAAAAUACAAUUGUCAAUUGCUUCAUCGUCCAUUAUUUUUUACGAUUUGCUUAUGAUGUUGUGUUUUUGUCUGUUGAGAGCUUUUCACUUCAAAGUUCAAACCUUUCUGUGCGCAACAAUUAGAAUCCCUCGGCCCCUCGUCUCACGCAUACUCUGUUAACUAAAUUUAUAUUCUUUUUCGUAACAAACACCCCACCAAAACCAACCCAAAAAAACAAAACAAACACAACCUCUCACAAAACUACCAUUUGCCCACAAUCAUCGCCGGAAAACCGCUUUUACUGCCUUGUCCCUCCAUACCCGCAUCGCCAAAACCGUUUUUCCUAUACCCUAAAGCCUGUUUUCAAGCCCCCCUUAGGCAUUUUUUCAUCCCGUCUUCGCCGGGUUUCUCGGUCGCCGGAGAGUUUGGUGGCUUCUUUUUCACGAGGGCGGGGUUUGCUAACGUGAGCCGGGUGCAUAGGAUACUUAUUAUUUUUAAAACAAAAAGUUAAAGAGUGGCUGUGGUUUUUAUCAGGGCGUACACGUGGACGGUGAUGGGAACGGAGGUGAUGGGGAGGUGGGGCACCUGGGAGGAGCUCCUCCUCGGUGGGGCCGUUCUUCGCCACGGUACCCGAGACUGGAACGUUGUCGCCGCCGAACUCCGAGCCCGAACAGUUUGUCCCUACACCUUUACUCCUGAGGUCUGUAAAGCCAAAUAUGAAGACUUGCAACAACGGUAUUCUGGGAGCACGGCUUGGUUUGAGGAGCUUAGGAAGACAAGAGUAGAAGAGCUGAAGAGGGCUCUGGAGCUAUCUGAAGAUUCAAUUGGGUCUCUCAAAUCAAAGCUUGAAUUCCUCAAGGCUGGGAAGAUUGAGAAAAGAAACGAUUGUCACACUCACAAUGGCUCAGGUAGUACAGAAUUACAUGUACCAUCACAGAAAUUGGACAGAGUUGAAUCUUUCACUAAAGAAACAUCAAAGGAUGGGCUAUCCGCUGGGAGUUUCACACACGAAACCAGGACAAACUGGUCUUCUGAAUGUCCGGUUCCAGCCGGAUCUGCUGAAGAUAUGGAAACUAAACCGGAGGUUUCACACUCUAGUGAACAAGUUAAAGUUUUGAAUGUAGAUAAGUUGGCACAUACUACAUAUGAAGGACAAGGCAGGUGUCUUAAGAAGCAGAGAGGGAAGAGGAAGAGGAAGGAUUGUAGCAGGAAUAUUAAGGAAGCAAGUGUGGCAGAAAGUGACUUGUUAGAUUCAGCUGAUGUUUUAUCCUGGUGUAAAGAAACUUCUACCAGUAACUGUGGUGAAGUUGCGAAAUCUUGUGGCGCUGAUGACCAAAAUAGGAAGUUGAAAAAGGAUGGGGCAGAAGACAUGAUGGAGAUUUUAGAUUCUAUUUUUGAAACUAAAGGUGCCUCUGCCUUCCGUCGCAGACUAGAUAGUCAGAAGAGAGGAAGGUACAAGAAAAUGAUCCGGCGGCACAUGGACUUCGACACUAUUAGGUCAAGAAUUAGCAGCCAAACAAUUAAGUCAACUAUAGAACUUUUCCGAGACUUGCUGCUUCUCACUAACAAUGCUUUAGUCUUCUACUCCAAGAGCACUCGUGAAUACAAAUCUGCUCUACUGUUGAGAGAUAUUGUCACCAAAAAAAUGAGAGAGAGUUUGAAGGGUAUGAGCAGCAAAACCAACACUGAAGCUAAUGUACCUGUUAAAUUACCUGUGCAAACUACUCAUGUGAAACCAAGAAGCGUGCGCCCGGGCAACAGAAAAAUUGUUGCAAAGGCAGUUGGUGGCAGCAACUCUGCGUCUGGGGUGUCACAUGGAACCAAGAAACCUAGUAAAGUUGAUUCUCCAUCAUCAGUGGAAUCCUUAACUGUCAAGAAGAAAGCUUUUGGUCGACCAAAAAAGGUUGGUGGACGUGGUCAAAGGCCAGCAACACCAACGAAGGGAAAGAAAAGAGUUAGAACAAAGUGAUAAUAGUUCUUUUAACCAAUAGGUUUACCUCUUUGUACAAAUUUUGUACAAAUGUUUUUUCCUUUUUGGUUAGAUUUUUUUAGUUUGGCUUUGAUGAAAGAGCAAGGUUGGUGCAACAAAGGAACUAGGAUAAAACUAACUACCAAUAGAUGAAAUAGUUUUAAAAUAUAGUAACUAAUUUGGAGAAGUUUCCAAUGGAUGUAGUCUUUUUUUUCUUUUCUUUUGCCAACAUUUAAAUAUUGUAAAUUGCAAGUACCAAUAUUGAAGUUUACCAAAUUAGAUGGAUGGUAAGUGAUUAAUGAGCAUAUUAAUGCCGGCGAUUAAUUUGAUCUGCUUAUCACAUUUUGUAUUCAUUAUUCAAUAAAAAAUGAGUCUCAUCCAUUAACUG